AUGCACCAAGCGCCAAAUUUCGAAUCAUCAAGUGAUGAGGAAUCGAAAAUAUGUCCUAUUUGCUGUGGUCCCAUGGAUGCGACAGACUUGAGGUUUUUCCCCUGUCCUUGCAAAUAUCAGCUGUGCUUAUGGUGCUUCAACGAAAUCAAAGGAAAAGAUAAUCGCUGUCCAAAUUGCCGUCGAGAAUAUGAUGAAGAUAUGUUUUACGUUCGGAAUGAAGACGAAACUGGAGAGGAAGGCAGCGAGGCCAAAAAGCAUAGGGGGAAUCGACACGGUAGAGAUGACUCUUCGUGGAAGGAAGGCCAUUCCCUGCACUCAGCUCGCGACGAUGCCAAAAAACGAAUGCACAGCAUGCGAAUCAUCCAACGAAAUCUAGUGUACAUCGUGGGGAUGGUUCGGGAGGAUGCGGUCGAAGAGGAGCUCGUAAGCGACUCGAUGUUCGGAAAGUACGGAAAAAUCACAAAAAUCGUCAUCAACAUGCCAGCGUCUUCCACAAACACAUCAACCACUUCCCCAUCCCCCUCUUCCAGCUCCACCGUGAGCUUCUACCUCACCUUCGAGAAGGAAGAAGAAGCGCUCUCCUGCAUCCAUUCCGUGAACGGUUUUAUCUAUAAAGGCUCGCUUCUGCGGUCAGCCAGCUUCGGGACCACGAAGUACUGCAACAGCUUCAUAAACGGCGUGCCCUGCGAGAACAAGGACUGCCUGUACCUCCACACCGAGGCUCCGCCCGAGGACUGCUUCCUCCGCGAGGAAAUGACCAACGGCGACAGCAAGUUCUUCCAGCGGACGCAUCCGGCGUACGGGUCGCUUCCUUAUUCGCGCAGUUUGAUGAAGCGACUGUGCUCCCGCUGCAGCGACAUGCUGCCCGACAAAGACGAGCCGCUGUUCUUCUUUGGGGUGGAUCGACUGUGGGAAGAGCAGUUUGUAGGAAAGAGGGAGGAGCGUGACAUGCAGACAUUUGAGAAGAUUCAGAGGGAGGAGCCGGAGAGCGUGCCGCCGACUGUUUAUUUCACGGCAGAUCCGGAUUCUGUACGAUCGACGUAUCAUAAAGAGAUCGGGGAGCCGAUCAAUCUAAAUGAUCUGUUUGACGGUGCUUCGAAGACGGAUGAUAAUAAUACUAAUAAAAGCAACACAGAGAAGGAAGACUCGCUCUUGGGCGAUUGCAAAUCACCGAAUCAAGACACAGAGGAAAACCUCAUUGAAGAUUUUAUAAAUUAUUCCAGUGAAUCGAAUCGUUGGUAG